UUUAAGAUUCCAGAAGCUGAGACAAGAUAAUCCCCUUAAAAAGGAAAGAGAAGCUCAGACAAUGCUCGCACAAGAGGUUACAAAGUUGCAAGAAGCCCUCAGCAGCCAAAAAAUCAAGUAUAAUAAUGAUACUAAAAAGUUGAAAAAUAAGCUGGUAAUUAUUGAGAAAGAAAGAGACAACUUAAAAAUGGAGAAUAUUAGACUUGACGAUCAAUGUAAAGAUUUACUUUCAACAUUAAAGGAAAGAAACAAGAAAUGGAAGCAAGUUUUUUCGUCAAAAAAAUAUCACAACUUUACUGUUUGUGAUUCAUCAGAAAAAUAUUUAGAACAUGAAGAAGACCAGACAUAUGAAAAGGAUCAAUGUGACAAAGUAGCUGAAGAUCUGAAUGUCAGGAAGUCUGUUAUGAAGUGCAACGAUCUGAACUCCAAAUCAAGUGGAACAAAACUAAGGGUACGCUUUGAUUUACAUGAGGACCAGACUAAAGCUCAAAGUGGAGAUUUUGAAGCAGAAAACAGUCAUGAUGAGGACUCUGAAAUGAGCAUGAAUAAUCAAGCCAAUGAAGUUACAAAUAGAAUGUAUAUGAAUGAUCAUUUAGUAGAUGAGACUGAAAAUAAUGUAAAUUACCAUGGUGACGACAAUGAUACCUGUAACUCAGGUCAUAAAUUUACUGAUGAAAGUGAAACUCACAGUGUGGAAAAUGAUGGAGUCAAAAUUCAAAGAAUUAAUGACUCAGGAAUUGAAGAGUUUUUAUAUCCAAAUGGAACCCGAAAAGUCAUUGAUCCAGCAAAAAACUAUAUCACAUUUUUCUUUUGCAAUGGUGACAGUAAAGAAAUUUAUCCUGAUAAAAAAGAAGUUUACAAGUUUGCAAAUGGUAUCAUUGAGUUAACUCUCCCAGAUGGUGUGCAAAGUACCGAAUUCCCUAAUGGGCAGAUUCAAAUGUCGUUCCCUGAUGGUAAAAAGUUAGUCAAGUUUGCAGAUGGUACCAUUCAUACUGUGCAUAGUGAUGGAUCUCAAGAAAUUCGUACCCCUGAGGGAAAUCUUAUUAACAUUGGUGUUGAUGGAACGGAAACAAUUGAAUUUGCAAAUGGCCAGCGGGAAGUAAGAACUGAUAAAUAUAAAAGGAGAGAAUACCCUGAUGGCUCACUUAAAAUUAUUUAUCAGAGUGGUCGUCAAGAAACCAGAUAUUCUGAUGGUAGAUUAAGGAUUAAGGAUAAAGAGGGAAAAUUAACACUUGAUACGAAAUAUGAAUCCAAAGGCUUGGAAUCCAAAUAUUUGAUGAUGGAGGAAAGUAUUUCUAUUCGCACAGUUUGGGAUUGUGGUGAAAGAUAAUACUUUGAAUAGUAAAUAUAUAAGUUGUAUAUAAGUUUUGCCAAUUAUAUGAAAGUCAUAUUUUAAGACUAUAUUUAUGUACGUAAUUUUGUAAAUUUUUAAUUGAAUAUUAAAAUUUUAAAUCAAA